AACAACUUUUUAAAAAGUCUACAACUUUUUAAAGCAGCUGUGUCUUCAUGGGUUGCAUGACUGCUUUAAAGAGUUGAAAAUAGGUGUAACUUUCAUGAUCUGUUUCCUCCGAAGCACUUGUUUGAAACAGCAUUUCACUAUUAGAAAGAUAUUGACUAGGAUGGAAAUUAGUGGAUUUUCACUCUACAGUUUGGCUGCUAAUUUGCUAAAACAUGCAUUGCUGCCUUAGAAGGAAAAUUUGCAAAGCUUUGUGCAAGGAAAACUGAAGAAUGGAGGAUAGUGGUUUCACACAUCAUGCUAGUCUAUGGUUUACUUAAUUGUUUUAAGUAACUGUCUUCACACAAAAUUCUAAACCAUGAGCCACAAUUUACACACACAAUAAAUGGAUUCGCUUAAUGUCUUAAUCCAAAGCUAGCCAAUUCAAUUAUGGCUUAGUGUGAUCCCAGCUGCAUUUAUUGUCUUGAGUCAUAUAGGUAGUCCUUCACAUAUGACCAGAACUGAAACCAGAAUUCCCAUCAAUAAAUGAUGUUAUUAAAUGAGUUGUGCUCGAUUUUCCUACCUUUUCUGCUGUGGUCAUUAAGUGAAUCAUGUUAAAUAAAUCCAACUUCCCCAUCUACUUUGCUUGUCAAAAGCCCCCUGGGAAGAUUCCAAAUGGUGAUCACAUGUCCCUGUGAUGUUGCAAUCAUGAUAAAUAUAUGCCAGUGCCCAAAUUUUGAUCAGGUGACUGCAGGGAUGUUGUGACGGUUACAUGUAUCGGGACCAUCUAUAAGUCAUUUUUCAGUGCUUUUGUCACUUUAAAUAGUUGUAAAUUGAGGAUUACCUAAAUAAUAAAAUUAAGGCAUCAGUUUGUGUCCCAGUUUCUAGUAGCUGACAAUUCUGUCUAUCCAGAAUUAUAAAGUACUCGGCUCUUAUUCUCUACAGACAGGAAGAAAGAGCCGGGCUCAUCUGAUAUAAUGUUCCCUGCUUGGAGGCAAUUUUUAAUCACAUUGGUGUUUAUUUGCUGCAUAAUGGCCUCUUUUGAUCAGUACCACCUGGGGCCUUUGCUCAACUAUACAGAGAUUGCUCUUAUUAGUCUGGAUGCCUCUCUAUUCUUACAGGCUUUUGAUGUCCUGAGUAUCUCGUAUGUAGAGCUGGCUCAGUAAAAUGGGUGCUAUCAGUGCCCAGAAAAUUUUGGCUGGGAGCUAGAUUCUCAAAUUGGGUGACCUGUCCAAGCAAGAUUAUGAUUAAUGGCAGGUGUCCUCUGAAUAAGUAAUUCAAAUCCAACUUGUUCAUUUUUGCCUAGUGCCUGCUGACUGUAGCAAAGGGAGGAAGCAUGUUUGCAUUUGGAUGGGCAAAGGUACAAAUUUAUCAGCUGUCUUUUGGCUGCCUCUUCCCAAAUUGGCUAAUUACAUGAGAUUAAUGCUUAGAAGCAGCAGUUCCCUCUCUUCUAGCACCAUCUGCUCUCCUGUAUGAGGUCUGUUAUUAUUUGCCAAUGUCUGGAUUCUGUUUUGUAGGUUUGACCCUGACUAUAGGAAUAAGAGUACCGUCUACAUUGAGAGGCGAAGGCUUUGCUGAAAGGUUCAAAUGGAAGGAAUUGUUUAUGGGAAAGGAUAUAAUGUAGGAAUGUAUUUUUUUAAGCGCUGUUGGUUUUCAAAGUUGUAAAUCUGCAAAAUGCUCAUAGCACUUAAACAAUGAAACUACUAUAAUACUUGACUAUUUUUGUCUCCAACAUGCUUUUUCAAUCUUACCUGUUUUCCUCGUAUUGCUUUGCCUAUUAUGGAGAAGUUUUCCCUCCCAAUAAUUCUACGUAGGAGUGAUCCAAAUGUGAAAGUUGAGCAAAUUAAUAUGAAAUGCUUUUGAAAAAUAGUUAGAUUGUGACUUUUUAGGGAUAACUUGUUAGAUGAUGGACAAUAUACAGAGUUUAGAUUUAAUCCAUUAUUCAAGUCAUAAAAUUAAAACCAUAUCUUUAAAUAAUUCAUUGUAAUGGAGCAUAGGUAAGGAAUACAAGCAGGUUGAGUGCCAAGUUGUUAAUAUCUGUUCUAUUUAAGAACAUAUUUGCUGAUAAGCUGUUUGAUCUAGAAUAUAAAAAAAAUCUCAGGCAAAAUUGAUGGGCAUUGUGAAAUCAUCAAAUGUCCUAAAAAUGUUCCUUUUCCUUACCAUGUGAAAUUAGCAUAGAUAUAAUUUAAAAUAAUUAUCUGAAACACAAUCACAUUAAGAUUCUCAGAUGCUGCAUAAUUAAUUUAAAAUCAUUGCCUACUGAGAUAUAUUAAUGGCAUGUGUCAUCUUGCACUAAUAUUAUCAUUCUUUAUCAGUAAGAUUCCUUGCCCUAUUUGAUAGAUUUGAUGCUGAUGAUUAGGGAGUUGUGUAGCUAACUAUACAACCACAGCAUUCCAAAUUGGGGAAAACUGAUAUAGGACAUGGAGUCCUAAUUUAUCAUUGAGGUAGUGAUAAUGAAAUUCUCUUGAAUUAAAAGUGAAAGACCUGUAAAAUAAAGAACCAUGGUGAUUUGUGGAUUCUGCCUGAGGAAAGUGUAAAAGGGUAUGGGCUCUUCAAGAAAUGGUGACUCAAAACCUUUAGGCUGCUCUCUGUAGAUGUGUAGGGUCAUUGACCAAAGAAAAUUGCAGAAAGAAAAUUGAAUUGACCUGAGCUAGAAAAUCUGCUUAGCAUUUUAAAGUGCCUAAACUGCUUGAAAAAGGAAUUUUUGUAAGAUUAGCUGUAGAGUCUCAAGUGUGAACUGAAGCCUUCGGAAAAGGAUCAGAACUUUUCUGGCCUUGUGGAAUCUGCUUGCAACAACUCAGGUAGCUCUUGGCUAGAUCCAAAUUAGCUGUGUCCCAAUGUUAUUUUUUUCCUGUGAGAGAUAACCCUUUCCACAGAAGGAUAUUGUUUUUCUGAAUCUCUUUUGUCUCUUCCCAAUUCUAGUUUAGGCUGUCCAUUUCCCUCAGGGCUUAAAGCUUUGUUGGCAAGUCACUAGAUAGUGACAAAGGAGACUGACUUGCCACAGUUUCCCCAGGGAUCUGGAAUAUUGUUGCUGGGGCUUGCACUGCAGUUGCUAAGGAACCUCCUUUUGAGGCACCACUGGGAUGGCAGUGGAAAGGCCAGAUUGCUGCUGUGAGAUGAAACAACAGCCCUUGGCUUUUGUGGAAGUGCCAUAGUGGGUUCCUGGAAGCAGUUUUGCUGUAACCCUUCAGGUGGGCUGGUUUCAUCUUGCAGUCCUACUGCUGGAAUGAAAUCUCUUUUUCUGAUAGCUACCUCUUUUAAACCCUCUGGAUUUCCCUUCAUUUCUGAAGAUUUUGGGAGAUUUUUGAGAUCUGGAUGUGAAUGAUCAAGGGAAAAAAGGCAGCUAUUUGAAAUAUGUCUAUUAUAGUGCAACAAGAUUUAGAAGCCCCAACACUAUGAUUACUACAACUACUAGGAGGUUAUGUGAUUUUUUAUUCGCUGAGGUGCAUUUGUUUCUGAACUGUAGAUCUAAAUGUUUGGUGUUUUUUUUAAAAAAGUGAACAUAAAAGCAUUUCAGAGAAUGAACACAAUAUCAGUGAGUUUUCCAAAUCCACUAUUUAAUUUAUAAUAAGAAUUUAAAUUUUAUUUUUUUUAAAGACUGCCAUUUCUUAACUUUACAGCUUCAAAUAGCAUAUCAGAUUUCUCCUAAUUAUUGUACAGUUUAUGUAUUAAGUGCUGUUUUUUAAAAGAAUGUGCUGUCUGCCAAUUUGGUGUAAAAUUAAAUAUACCUCUGUAAUAAACAAUAUAGAGAGGCAGUUUGGUGUAGUGGUUAAGGCACUACACUAGAAAUUAGGAAAUUUCUAGUCCUGCCUUAGGCACAAAGCCAGCUUGGAGACUUUGGGCCAGUCAGCCCCUCAUUCCUAGGAAGUAGGCAAGGGCAAACCAUUUCCAAACUCUUGCCAAGAAAACUGCUAGGACUAGUCCAGGCAGUUGUCAAAAGUCAACAUUGACUCAAAAGCAUUAAUAAAAUAAACAAUAUGGCUUAUCCAUAGCUUCCAAAUCUUCUGAAAAGCUAUGGCUUCUUCGAAACAUUGAUCUGGAUUUUAUAGAUAGCUUUGCUAUUGCUACUGAUGUAAUUGCUAUGUACACUUAUUCUAUAUAUUGAGUGUACAAGUACACUUAGUAAAUAUGUUGUCAGUUAUGUUGACCAACACUAAAUGAUUUCAAUUAAAAUUAUGAUCAUAGAACUUGCCACAAAUCUUUUGCAAUGCACAAUGUUGACAUGAUUUAUUUCCCUAGAAAUUUAAAACCACAAGCCUCUUUGUACUGUACUAUAAAAACAUCACAUGGCAAUUAUCAAAUACUGCAAAAUUCAUUUCAGACACCAAACAACAUUGGAUGUUAAAUAAGCCAGUAUAAAGUAUCUGAAGAAAAUUUGAGAAGUCCUUGAAGAAUAAAAUACUGUAUAUUUUUUCCUGAACAUUCAUAAACAGUAAAUAGGAAUGAUUUUUUCCAUGCACAAUGUCCACAGAGCAAACAACCUAUGUUUCUUUCCAGUUUGUUUUUUAAGCUGAGCUGCAUUUUUAUUUCAGAAUAUAGGAUUCUAUCUUAUGUGUGCAUAUAAAUCUGAUUAUACAAAACAUACUUAAUUCUUGAGUUAUAUGAAAAGUUAUGUAAUUCUUUGCUAUUAAACUGAUAAUCAGCUGCUUAAAAUAUUUCCCCUGUGGACUUCCUCAUACCAUCUCCCUGUUCACCAACACUUUUUUUUUCUUAAGAAAAAAAGCAAGUUUGACCGCAUUAUGGAUUGAACAGAUCAGCAGGAGAUAGUGAAGCUACCCUGUUUCUUGCAGAAGAUAUAAAUGAAAAGUCUCUUACUGUUUGUGAAACACAUUUUAGAGAAGCAGCUGAGACUGGCAUUUCUUUUGGUAGCCAGGUCAUACUUUCAUUUCACACUGGCAUCCUGUUACUAAAAGUGGCUGCUGAUGUAUCCACUAUAUGGCCUUUAACAAAGUUGAUAGCAGAGGGAACAGCUGGGAUAACUUAUAGUGCUUUCACUGCCCACCCCCACCCAGCCACGCCUAAUAUGCUUAUUUCCUGUAAGUGAAAUAAAAACCUGAAAGAAAAUGGAAGUUAUAUUAUUUUAAGAAACCAUGUUAUAAAUAAGCCAAUAAUAUGUAGCUUUUCUCUUGCUUUGUAUUUGCAGUGAAUAGGGUUACAAGGGGAACAUAAUUAUAAAAUGAGUCUCAGAAAUAGACUUGAUUGUCCAGUGCUAUCUGUUUGGAAUCUGUAGAACUUCCAUUCAUGGACACUUUCCAAGUUGCAGUUUUGAUUUUUUAAUCAACUUUUUAUAUAUGGUAGCCCAAUGAACCCUGGGUUCUCCCCAUGAAAAUAAUUGCUGUGAUGGCUGUUGGUUCAGUAAUACUAGCUAUAUCAUUUGGGUUGGAAACAACAACCUGUCGGAGUGAUGAUGAAGCUGGAAGUCAGGAGAGUGUAGAUUAUAUGGCUUGUCUACACUUUCUAAGUUAGCCUGCCACCCUAGGAUGUGGAAGAUAUUAUCCCCUAUCACUGUUGGAAUAAACCUAGUGAAGGGAGAAAGUACAGUAUCUUAAUCUUUGUUCUACGGUUUAGGCAGCAAAACGUCUUAGAAUAGUUCUGCCUGGAUACUUUUACAAUAUACACAGAAGCUUUAGUUGAGUUCAUGUCAUCAAAAGGUCUUAAAUUGUGUCAGAGUAUCCAGGUUCAAUUAUUGAAUUGCUUUUGAAAGGACACGGAUCUCAGUGUUAGCUGUUGAGGAAGAGGUAGUACUGGUACCGUAUCUGUUUUCUGAGUUGGUCUAAAUUGGCAACAUCAGUUAAUUAUCUUUGAUUUGAAACUGAGUUCUACUAUACAGAUAAUCCUUGACUUAUAACCACAACUGGGAUCAGAAUUGUUGCUAAGCGAUGCAGUUAAGUAGUGCCCAAUGUUAUGAUCUUUUUUAUCAUAGCAAUUAAAUCAUAUGGUCAUUAAGUGAAUCCAGCUUCCUCUAUUGAUUUUGUCAGAAGCUCCCUGAGAAGAUUGAAAUGGCUGCAUCUGUCAUAAAUACAUGCCAGUUGCUAAGUGCCCAAAUUUUGAUCACGUCUCAAAGACACUGCACAUAAGUGAAAGGACUGGUUGUAUAUCACUUUUUUCAGUGACAUACAGUGUUGUAACUUUUAAUAGUUGUUAAAUGGUUAUAAAUCAAAGGCUAACUGUAAACUUCUACCAUAUUAUACAUUGUCCUUGUUUAGUCCUUUGACUUGAAUAGUAUAGGGUCUCCUGCUAGAGCAGGGGGUCAAGAACUAGAAGAUCUUUAAGGCCCCUUCUAACUCCCGUUAUUCUGACAGUGAUGAAAACAACAUUAUGACAAAAUCUUGCACUUACGUUCAUUGCAAAUUUAUAAAGCAAAGAAAAACUGAAGUGAGAUCAUAGCUGUAAGGGGUGCAAGCGCUUCGGAUCCCUUCCAUAAGAGGUGAUGGGAUCGAGAGAGACCAACUCCUUUUGCUUGAUAGCUAGAGGGCAGGCAAAAUCUUUCCUACAGGGAAGCGGUUUUAAGAGCCCCCGCCAGGAAAAAGAAAAACAGAAAGUAGCAAUUGCUGGGAAAGAGGAAGAGGAAAGGGCAAGUGCGAUUGUGUGGCGCCGUUGGCUUCCACCUCCCUCCGAAAACUUGAAUGGAAACUCGGCGCUGGGUCGAGAAAAGAGACGGGGGCAGAGCCGCGGCGUCACCUACGCAGCGCGGUUCAGGUAGGGGCAGCGAGGCACCUGCGGGGCGGAGUCUGCCCAGGCCGGACCGGCAGUUUCGCCUGCGUGUCGUCUCAAGGGCCUCGAAGCGACAGCCGCGAGUCCCGCUUCUGAGCUGGCUUGGUUCGCGCCCUCCAGCAUGGCUCUGGAAAGCGACAAGAGGAGGACGAGCACUUCCCUGGAGACUGCCUUAGCCGAGUGCACAGAGGCACUGAAUUGUUUCCUGCAUAACCAGUUCAGUAAGAGCUUGGAAAUGCUGCAGCCCAGGAUUGGAGAGAGCAUGUACCAUGCCUUAAUUUAUGCUACCAUCCUGGAGAUGCAAGCCAUGAUGACCUUCGAACAUGAGGAUAUUGUCCAUGCAGGGCACACCAUGAAAGAAGCCCAGGAGAUCUGUCAGAGAUUUCGAAGGAAAACCACUGUGACUGGUACCUUCUCUAGUCGGCAAGGUGGAGAUGCUUGUAUGGAAGAGGAACUGCAUGCUGAAGUAUGCUAUGCAGAAUGCUUAUUGCACCGGGCAGCCCUCACCUUCCUCCAGGAUGAAAACAUGGUGAAUUUCAUAAAAGGAGGAAUCAAGGUGCGUAGCAGCUACCUCAUCUACAGAGACCUGAAUGCUUUCAUCCAACCUAGUUCCUUGCCUACAAACUCUGUUCGUAUCCAUCUGGAGGGGGGGAUUGCUCUUGGCACUGGUGCCUUCAAUUUGACUCUCUCUCUCUUUCCACCCCGGAUUUUGAGACUUCUGGAAUUUGCUGGGUUUUCGGGGGACAAGGAUUAUGGUUUGCAAAAACUACAUCAGGGAGCCACCACACCCAACUUGCGGGCUCUACUUUGUACAAUGUUGCUUCUCUGCUACUACACUUUCCUUACCUUCAUUUUAGGGAUUGGUGAAGAUGAUUUCACAGAGGCUGAGGCCCUACUAAAGCCAUACCUCUCCCGCUAUCCGCAGAGUGCCAUUUUCUUGUUCUUUGCUGGGAGGAUAGAGGAAAUCAAAGGGAACAUCAAUGAGGCCAUCAAGAAAUUUGAAGAAGGCUGCUCAGCACAACAAGCUUGGAAGCAGUUUCAUCAUAUGUGCUACUGGGAACUGAUGUGGUGCUUUGCCUACAAAGGAAUGUGGAAGAUGGCGUACUUCUACGCAGAUCUGCUGAGCAAGGAGAACCGCUGGUCUAAGGCAAUGUAUGUGUACAUGAAAGCUGCCUUCCUUAGCAUGCUGCCUGCUAAUGAGCCACGGCCUUUUGGUGAAGUAGAGGUUGAACUUUUCAGGCAGGUUUCCUCCUUCAAACAAAGAAUUGCUGGGAAAUCACCACCCACAGAGAAAUUUGCCAUUCGCAAAGCAAGGCGCUACAAAUCGAGUGAACUGGUUCCCUUACCUGUGCCAGCCCUGGAAAUGAUGUACAUGUGGAAUGGAUUUACAGUGCUGGGCAAGCAGCAAGAGUUGUUGGAAGGAACUUUAGACACUCUGAUACAGGCUGAGAAGAAGCUACAAGAAGCACCAGCCAGUGAGUACCAGGUAGAUGAUCAGUGUCUCGUGUUACUUCUCAAAGGCCUAGUCUUCAAGCAUUUGCACAGUUUGGCUCAGGCUGAGGCGUGCUUCAACGCUGUCCAUAGCAGUAAGAAGAAGAUCAGGUAUGAUCAUUACCUGGUACCCAAUGCACUAUUGGAACUGAGUCUGCUGUAUGUGGCACAAGGUCAAAAUGAAGAGGCUGUACAGUUGCUUCGCACAGCCAAGAACAACUACAAAAAUUAUUCAAUGGAGUCACGAACACUGUUCCGGAUUCACGCUGUAUUGUCCAAACUUAAGGCCAGCCAGGAAGAAAAUGAUGCAGAUGGAACCAGUCCUUCCUAAAGCAGAACUUCAGAAUUCAAGAAGCUUCUUGGAUGAGAAGCAAAAUGUUUUCAAGGGAAAAGAAUCCAAGAAAGUCCAGCUGCCAUUUUAGAAAAGCACCUUUGAGACACCUGACCUGCAUGAUUACCUCCAAAGACAUUAAGCAUAAGAUUUGAUUUGACCAAUGUGUAUCGUAUUCUUGUCCAAUCUAAGAGCAAACUUCAACUAGAUAUUAUAUCACAAAAUGUGAGUAUAUUAACAUAACCAGGCACAGGAAAGCAAAUUUGAAAGUGCAAACUGCAAAUAGACAGUUUGGCAUUUUCUUCAAUGACUGAAUAUAAAUGAAAUCAAUUCUACUUCUGUUGUAUUGUAGAUUUAUUGCUGAAACAGUUAUCUUUAUUGUUACUUUACUUAUCCUUUGUUAUAUGUUGGUUCUUUGUCAUGUUUCUAUCAUUAUGCUCCUAAAGGAAUAAAAAUAAUAGGAAGUAUAAGUCCAUGGGAUCUUAUAAGCCACUUGAAAACCAAGGUGAUCCAGAGGUUAGGGUACUAGAUAAAUAGCAGUAAGACCCAGGUUCUAGUCCCCCUUAGACAUAGAAACUAGCUGGAUGAUUUUGAAUCAAUCACACUUUGUUCUAGACUGGGAACUUAAAAUAUCCUACAAGGCAGCAAUGACCAACACUUCUGGAACGUUGCCAAGGAAACUGCAUGGACCUGUUGCCGGGAGUCAAGAUUUAUUCAAAGAUCAUCCAGUCCAGGGAUUGGAUCUAGUGCUGGAAUCCAUUAAACUGCUUUGACAAGUGACAAUCCAAUCUCAUUUGAAAACUUCCAGCAAGGGAGAAUUAAGCACUGCUUAAUAGCUAUGGGCAUAAUAAAAUUACUCCUAAUAUCCAGCCUCAA